AUGUAUGAAAAUAUAAAUAUUCCGACAUCAUUUGGUUAUCAUUAUGAGACGAUUUCUUCGUCACCUGUACGAUCAUCAUGUAAAAACAAUACACAACAGCCUGUCUAUGUAUCACUUGAACCGAAUUUACCUGAUCAGAUUACAACUAUUUCAAACAGUAAUACAAAUGUGCUACCAGUUAUUCCUCCAUUUCAAAGAAAAUUCCCCAUUGUAACAGUAGCAAUUCUUGGUUUUUUUGAAUUAUUUGCUGGAUUAAUUGUACUUGCGCUUGAAUUACUUACUUUCGAUAUUUCUUUUGGACUCUGGUGUGGUGGUAUUUAUACACUUGCUGGUGCUGCUAUUAUUGUGCUCGUUAUUGUUACCGAUCGUGAACGUCAUCAAACAUCAGUUGUAUUGAUUUUUCAAUUAGUUGCAUUGAUGUUUACAAUUACUGAAAUAUUGCUAUAUAGUGAUUUAUAUCGAAAACGAUGUAUAACAAAACCAAGUGAACCAACACGUGAAUUAACAUUCCAUUGUCAGUUAGUUAUUAUUCAAAUGGCUGCUGCUACACUAGUAUUUGUUAGUACGAUUGUUUUUUCGAUAAUCUAUUUUCGAGUAACAAUGAUUGUACUCAAACAACCAUAUGGGACUUUUAACAUGUCGAAUGCGAUUAAUUUAACUAUUUGUUAA